GCAUUAUAGCUACCUGCAUAAUACUUCACAUAAUUCUGUAUAUCGUAUAUCAUUCAUCGAACUCCUGCUACUGCUAUCUCCUCCUACAAAUCACAAAAAUGGGUGCCCCACCAUGGCGUCACAGAACAUCCGAGGUUGAGUCUGCAUUCAUCUCAAUCACAUUCUCGGUCUAGACUAGAGCUGUACCUAGGUUCAUACUACCCCUAUCUCAGCACUUACACCUAUACUUAUAUCUUAUCACUCCCUCAUACCAUCACUACCACUACCACUACCACCACCAACACCAACACCAACACCACCAUCACCAUCGCCCAAAAUGACCGACCCCAACAAAGGCACCAAACUCACCCUCUACUGGCUCUCCCAAUCCCGCUCCCACCGAAUCCUCUUCCUCCUCGAACUUCUACACCUAACCUACGACUUAAAAAUCUACCACCGCGGCCCGGACAAGCUCGCACCCCCCGAGCUCAAAGAAAUCCACCCGCUCGGAAAAUCCCCUCUCAUGACAAUCGAGCCCCCGAACAGCACCUCUCCAAUCGUGCUCGCCGAAUCAGGCGUCAUCAUCGAAUACCUCCUCGAGCAUUUCGGCUCGAACGCGGAGAAACCACUCAUUCCGAAACGGUACAAAGAAGGGAAUGAGGGCAUGGUGGGCCAGGAAACUGAGGAAUGGAUGCGGUAUAGAUAUUACAUGCAUUAUGCGGAGGGAUCUCUGAUGCCGUUUUUGGUGAUGCAGUUGGUUAUGGAUACUGUGAAAAACCCCCCCAGAAUGCCCUUUUUCAUCAAGCCUCUUCCGCGCCUUGUAGCAGGACAAGUGGAAAAUGCUUUCUUGACGCGGAAUAUCACCGCGCAUUUGGAGUUUCUGGAGGAUCAGUUGAGGACGAGUCCUCAGGGUGGCAAGUAUCUCUGUGGGACGGAGUUGACGGGGGCGGAUAUCAUGAUGAGUUUUCCGGUGAUUGCGAUGGCGGGGAGGGUGGAUUUGAAGGGGUUUCCGUUGUUGAAGGGGUAUGCGGAACGGAUGCAGUUGGAGGAGGGGUAUUUGGCUGCUGUUAGGAAGGUCGAGGAGAUUGAUGGGAAGUUUGAUGCUUCGUUGUAGUUUUAGCUUCGUUUUGAAGGUUAUGGGUUGGUUUGUAUGUGCUGUUAUGGUAUGUUGUUUUAUG